AUGGUACCUAUAGCCGCCUCAAAGGUCUUCGCGAUUCCAGAACUCCUCGAAAACAUUAUUUUCCAGGUCGGCAACAAUCGGAGGAUCCAAAAGCUCUUCAGCCAAUUCAGCCAAGACUACAAAAAGCGGUUCUUCCUGCAGCCGAAUACUAUCGAGGGAUCCCUCAAGCUCAAGCGUCUCAUGUACCUGGCGCCGGUUGAUCCCCAGCUCCAAGUUGACAACCAGUGGCAACAUUGCCCGGUCGAGUGGUUCGUCGACUGGAUGCUGAACCCAAAGUUUGAUGCUGAGAUAACUGUCGAGACGGGUGCAAAUGGAUCUCGCCGCGCUGUCUACUGGAUGGGCGACAUUUUGACGUGUGACAUCCGGGGUCGGUGCCAAAACCUCUCCAGGAUAUCGAACAAACUUUCAUACUUCUCGACCGCUGGCGCCGCCCGUCCAGAAUCCUCAUGGCGUCGCAUGAGGGUGAGCCGGAGCGGCAACGACCACCCUAUCGAGGUCAAAUUCGAUGUCAUCAUCGGCAACUCGAACACGCCAUUCCCUCAAUGUGUCAAGUGGCAUUUCGAAGCGGACGCAAGCCUUGGAGCUCUUUUCGAUAGAUUUGUCCAGCUAUUGGAGGCGCUGUGGACCGAGGCUAAUUUCUUCGAGGAGCUGGACCGAAAGCGUAGAAGGGAAGAUAUGGAACGAGUGAGCGAGAGCAAGCGAAGACUUCGGGGGUUCGUUAAGUGA